CCUGAAUGCCUCAUGCUCUCCACGAUCCCAUGAACGACGUAUAAAAGCUACAGACUGGCAUGGGUAAAGCAAAAAAAUUGAAGAAAAAGAAGGAGCAGAACCCAACAGGUUUGAUGAGUGUCAAAGAUGCAGAGGCUGAAGCAGAAGUUGAAGAAAUGAACACAGUUGAUAGAAAUCAUCAUGCCAUUGGUACUAUUGGUGCAAUUAUUGAAAAGUUGCAGUGUGGUUCCGCUGAAGCCAAAGAAUGUGCUUGCACAACAGUUGCCUCGCUAGUCUCGCAGAAAGAAUCCAUUCAGCUGUUGACAUCGAACAGUGUACUACGCAUCAUUGGGCCACUCCUCAUCGAUGAUAGUCUACAGGUCAGGAUGUCUGCUGCGGGAGCACUCAGAAAUGUUAGUGCAUAUGGUGGAGCAGAUGUUUGUGAAGACAUGGUCAAGCAAGAUGUUCUUACACCUCUGAUUGCUCUCUUCAAAAAGCAAUAUAGUAACUCAUGGAUGCCGGAAAAGAUGAAACAACCUUUAGGUGGCAAAGAAGUGUUAGAUGUGAACACAGAAACAUUCACUCAUGCUGUACACUUGCUCUGGAAUCUUUGUGAAAACAGUAGUGCUGCCAUCAGAGUAUUCAACAAGGAAAACAUUCUGCACAUUCUGACACCAGCACUUCAGUUCGACACUUAUGGGAUUGAUGCUGCAAUAUCUGUUGCCCGAUGCCUGCAUGCCAUCUCAGAAGACAACCCCGAAUUUGUCUCAGCAGCUGCAAGCACAGAUCUCAGUGACACUCUGACAAAAUUGGUUAUUAGUGACAAAAGUGAUGCUGAACAUCUACUUCUCAGGUCACUAGCCAUAGGAAUUCACCUGAACAUGGCUGAUGGAAAAUUGGAGAGUAAAACGGUCAUGCCCAUUAUUACCGUAUUAUGUAGCUGCUUUAGACUUGAUUCGACAAUGCAGCUAACAAUGCUAGCAGCAAAACUAGAGGAAACAUCUGCAGAAUUAGGUGCUAGCAGUGGUUCAGCAGAGUUCCAUAGUUCAGAGCUUGAUGCUACUGUUAAAAAAAUUGAAAAUAUCCUUGAUGCACAGCAGACUGCCUUAGAAAUAACAACCAACAUCUGCUGCACUGAUGAUUGUGAGGAAGAAGAGUGGGAAGAUCUGGACAGCAGUGAUACUAGUGAAAGCAUUGCAGAUAUGGAGGUUGAAGAGCAAGUCACUGAUUCGUGCAUAGGAGAUAUGGUUCCAGAUUUACAUGAAGCCAUCAAUAGUCAGGCUCUACUGCAAAAGGUUAUUAUCCUGAUGAAAGACCUUGACACUGUGACACGAGAGAAGCUGUCAUGCCACAGCCAAGGAAACAAGCUAAUUUCAAGCCAACUGAGAGUACGGUGCCGGGCUCUACUUUGUAUAAGCAAUAUGGUGGCAAAGCUGAGCCCAGAUGAUGUAGGUGGCCAUGAUGGUUUAUGGGAGUUAUGGACCAUGAUUGGGACAGAAGCAUUUCAAGUGGCCAAGAUUGGCGAUUUAGAAUUACUGGAGUCUUCAACGAGUGCAAUGAGGGCUGUUCUUCAACAACUCUGUGAACUUAAGUCACCAAAGUUCAAAGACAUGCUGCCUAGCAAUUUGCAGCUAUUGUCAGAAGUUGGGCAACAUUGUGAGGAACCAGCGGUUCGUGCAAAUAUCGUUCGCAUUCUGAAGACACUUGGAUGCUUUCUAGCUGCUGAUGUAUCUAGCAUGGAAGCUCUCAAGGGCAUAGGUUUGUUUCUAGUGGAGAUGUGCAGCAGAGACGCAACUUUGUGGGUGUGUGCAGAAAGCUUGGAUGCCAUAUUUGAUCUGUUUGGGCAAGAUGGUGCUAUUAUAGAGGAGGUUUGCAGAGCUAUCGGGCUUGUUGACAAACUGAAAACGCUAUCGCCAGUGUUUAGGAGCAAGAUCCAGCAACAGAAGAAGAGUCUUGGGGAGAAUCUGGCCAUUAUUCUGACAGCAAAGAACAACCUGACUAGGUUUAUACGCUACAAGGAAAUUCAGUACUCAUGAUUGUCGCUGGAAGCAAAUGGCUAAUGGUAGCCAUGGUUGACAAAGGUGUUUAUAACUGUUAGGCAGGGUUAUUUACGUCAUAAUUAUUCAUGCUUAGUGAUAAAUAUACAUAACCUAAGCUUCUCAGCGUAGGAAUAAAGUUCAUCAUCAAGGUUGAAACAAGGUUUUAAAAAAUAAGCACAACUUACUUUACAAUUUCAAGGUAAUACUCCUAUUUAAAUUGUGAACGUGAUACAGCUUAUGACUUAUUUUGCGCGGUAGGCAUUUUCAGAUUGCAUGGUUUCACGUUGGUAUACACAAAUCAAUCAAGUAAAUUAUUUUUCAUUGCAAUUUUACUAUUGCAAUAGCUAGAAGUUAUUUUUUCACAGACUACAUUGUGCUACACUCAAAUAAGAAGACUAAGAAGUAAAAAGUAAUUAAAAUGUAUAUUUUUCUAAAACAUGCUCACCACCAGUGUCUCAUGUACUGUGUGCAUGUGGCUUUUUAGAGAAACAAUAUACAUUCGUAAAUAUGUAUGUACAAGUUUUAUCCGUUGUGAAAUUUCUUGUUCAUUUGAUUCCUGCCUAAUAAAAACUAUAACUAUAAAUAAAGGCAUAAGCUAUGUUCAGAAAA